UUUUAUUCUUAUUAUUCCUGGAAAAUAAAAUAAAAGGCAUCGAAGCAGGAUUUCUGGAUGACUUAGUAAGUAACCUUGGUAGCUUCAUCAAUACUUUUCAGAGCCAGGUCAUCAUCAACUCAACAACAAUCGAAGAUUCUAUUUCAUCAGUAAUCAACAACUUUAAUCAAACUUACACCACCAACAAAGCAACUAAUUCUACAACUAAAACUACUGCUGAUGGGAAUAUAACAACAACAACAAUAAAUAAUACGACUGACGGGAAUAUAACAACGACACCAACAGCAUAUUCUGCUUCCGAUGGGAACAAAACAUCAACAACAACAACGGCAAUUACUACGGCAGAAGGAAAUAUAUCAACACCAACAACAACGGCUAACACUUCCUCCAAUGGGAAUAUAACAACGACAACAACAAAAGAAAAUACUACGGCUGGCGGGAAUAUAACAACGACAACAGCUAAUUCUGCAGCCGAUGGAAACAUUAUGACAACAACAACAACAACAACAACAGUUUAUACUUCGACCAAAGGGAAUAUUACAACGACAACAACAGGUUAUUCUGCCGCCGAUGGGAACAUAACAGCAACUACAACAAAAAAUACGGCAGAAGGGAAUAUAACAACAACAACAACAGUAAACAAUACGACUGAAGGGAAGAUAACAACCAUGUCAACAGCUUAUUCUGCUGCCAAUGGGAACAAAACAUUAACAACAACAACAGCAAAUACAACGGCAUACGGGAAAAUAACAACAACAACAACAUAUAACACUUCGUCUGAUGGGAAUAUAACAACUACAACAACAACAACAACAAAAGAAAAUACUGUGAAUGGCGGGAAUAUAACAACGACAACAAAAGCUAAUUCUGCAGCUGAUGAAAACAUAACGACAACAACAACAGCAACAGCUAAUACUACGACCAAAGGGAAUAUUACAACAACAAAAACUACGGCAGAAUGGAAUAUAAUAACAACAACAACAACAACGACUAACACUAAGCCAGAUGGGAAUAUAACCAAAACAACAACGGUAAAUACUACGACUGAAGAGAAUAUAACAACUACGACAACAGCUAAUUCUGCAGCUAUUGGAAAUAUAACAAGGACAUCAACAACAGCAGCUAAUACAACAAUCGAAUGGAAUAUUUCAACAACAACAACAACAGCAAUCGCUAAUACUACAGCUAAUGGCAAUAUAACAACGACAAUGACAACUACGGCCGAUGGGAAAAUAACAGCAACGACAACAACGGUUAAUUCUACAGCCAAAGGUAAUAUAACAACGACACCAUCAGCUAAUUCUACAGUCAAUGGUAACAUAACAACAACAACAGCUAAUACUAUAGCCGUUGGAAGCAUAACAACAACAACAACAACAGCGUCAUCCAAUGCUUCAUCAUAUGGUAACUUAACUACGAUAACAACAGUUUAUACAACAACUAAUGGAAAUUUUACACCAACAACAUCAACUUCUAUAGUUGUUGGAAAUGUGACAACAACACCACCAACAUUAACAUCUUCUAAUUCUACUGAUGCUACUACAAUUGGGAAUGUAGGAACAACAUCAACCACUAAAACCACAACUUCAAGUACAACAACAACAACUGCUAAUCCUUCAAACAGUACAAUGGUUACAAGUAUAUUCAAUGGUACAGCCACAAUCACUUUAACAACGACUAAUGUAACGGUUCUAAACGUAACAACAGGUAACAGUACUACUUUAACAGAUAUACCAUCCAUCAAUGGCAGUGCUAGUGUGAGCGUGAAAACAACUGAUGAAGUGGCAAAUUUUAAUGUCACAACCGUAAAUGGAAGCGUUAAGCUAAAUGUAUCAUUUGAAAGAAGUGAUAUUGGUUUGAUUUCAACAACAGUUAAUGGAACAACGGUUUUAAAUAUGACAUCAGUUGAUGGAACAAUAGCUUUGAAUAUGACAACUAUUAAUGGAACAACUGCUUUGAAUAUGGCAACAGUAAAGGGAACAACUGCUUUGAAUAUGGCAACAGUAAAUGGAACAACAGCUUUGAAUAUCACAACUGUAAUUGGAACAACUUCUUUGAAUAUGACAACAGUAAAGGGAACAACUGCUUUUAAUGUGACAACAGUAAAUGGAACAACUGAUUUGAAUUUGACAACAAACAAUGGAACGUCAACUUUAGAUAUGACAACAUUUAAUGGAAUAUGUGUUUUAAAUAUCACAAUAGUUAAUGGAACAGCUUCUGUAAAUAUGACAACUGUUAAUGGAACAAUUGCAUUAAAUAUUAAAUCGGUGAAUGGAAAUGUAACAUUACAUGUGCUCUCUGUAAAUGGAACAAUAUUAAGAAAUAUCACUAUAGGCAAGGAUACAGCUAAUAUACUUGUAAGAUACGUUCACAAUACAACUUUUGUAACAAUUGUCAACGACACAAUUGAUAUAACAACACCGGCCGUAUGGAACACGACAACAUUACCAACGUUAACAACAACAACAGUAAAUUCAACUACCACAAUUGGGAAUUCAACAGCAAAGCCAGCAGUUAAUGCAACAAUUUCAACUAGCCCGCCUAUUAAUGCAACAACAACGACACAUACAUCAACAACAACAACGUCAGCAGUUAAUGCAACAACUUCAGCUGGUCCGCCUAUUAAUGCAACAACAAUGGCAUCUACAUCAACAACAACAACGUCAGCAGUCAAUGCAACAACAUCAGCCAUCCUGCCUAUAAAUACAACAACAACGACAUUUACAUCAACAACAACAAAGUCAACAGGUAAUGCAACAACAUCAGCUAGCCCGUCUAUUAAUGUAUCAACAACGACAUAUGCAUCAACAACAACAAUGUCAGCAGUUAAUGCAACAACAUCAGCUAGCCCGUCUAUUAAUGUAUCAACAACGACAUAUACAUCAACAACAACAAAGUCAACAGUUAAUGCAACAACAUCAGCUAGCCCGCCUAUUAAUGUAACAACAACGACAUAUACAUCAACAACAACAACGUCAGCAGUCAAUGCAACAACAUCAGCCAUCCCGCCUAUAAAUACAACAACAACGACAUUUGCAUCAACAACAACAAAGUCAACAGGUAAUGCAACAACAUCAGCUAGCCCACCUAUUAAUGUAACAACAAAGGUUCCCACAGCAAGCUCUACAACAGCUCAGCCCUCUGUGGUUGUCAGCAACAGUUUAGAAGAAUUAAACAAGAUCAGCUCUCAGCUUAACAAUGUUCAAACAUUCCUUCUAAACCUUUUAAAGAGUAGUGCGACUGGUCGGAGAAGAAAGAGAAGACAAACCCAAACUUCAACCUGCUCUAAUCUUAUCACGAAAAUAGAAACUCUAAACAGCCUGGUUGCUACCGGUAGCAGAUCUGGUAGCUAUGAUGCUGCUACUAUUACUACAUUGAGCAGUUCUAUUCUAGACCUCAGUUCGAGUGGAGUAACUUGCAGCACUGAGGAGCAAACUCGUCUUCAAUCCGCCUCACAACAGCUAGUAGAUUCUACUAACCUGGUUCAAGCAUCUAUUCAAUCUGCAGCAACAGCAACAAUAACAACAUCAACUACAAUAACCGCCACUUCAACAACAACAACAACACCCAAUUCACCAACAACAACAACCAUUUCAACAACAAAAACAACAACAACUUCAACUACAACAACAACAACAACAUCAACUACAACAACAACCACUUCAACAACAACAACAUCAACUACAACAACACCCAAUUCACCACCAACAACUACAACAACAACAACAACAAAAACAACAACAACCAUUUCAACUACAACAACAACAACCACUUCAACUACAACAACAACCACUUCAACUACACCAACAACAACCACUUCAACUAUAACAACAACUAAAAUUACAACAACUACAAAAACUACAACAACAACAACAUUAGCAACAGCAUCAACAGCUGCUUCAAUCCCAACAACAGUUUCGACAGCAAUCGACUUGUAUCCCAAGAAAAACACUGUAUUUGUUAAAGGACUUCGGCAGGAUCAACAAAUUCUAAUGUUUUUGGUUAUUUUUGGACUUCUUAUUCUCCCCCAGCAACUAGUCGUAUAUUCACUUUAAAUGAUUAGAAUACUUUAACAAAAUUAUUAUUUUCAUACAUCACAAUUGUAACAAUUAGGAAAUAUAAUUAUUUUUAUUUUAA